GCAUGUUUGAGCGACAAUGUAGAUAUUGCUGAGUAUCUUCUCUCUCAUGGGAUAACUAACAUAAAUAGCAAAGACAAGACGGGGAGAACACCUGUAGUAUGUGCAGCAGAGCAGGGCAAUAAGAAAGUUGUUGAUCUGCUGGUGAGCAAAGGAUGCAACUUGUCGGUUGUGGAUGAUCGAGGUAGAAACAUUCUACAUGUUGCAUGUUUGAGUGACAAUGUAGACCUUGUUGAGGAUCUAUUCUUACGUGGGAUAGCUGACAUUGAGAGCAGAGACAGGGUGGGGAGAACACUAGUGAUGUAUGCAGCAAAAAAGGGCAAUAAGAAAGUUGUUGAUCUGCUGGUGAGCGAAGGAUGCAACUUGUCGGAUGUGGAUGAUCGAGGUAGAAACAUUCUACAUGUUGCAUGUUUGAGUGACAAUGUAGACCUUGUUAAGUAUCUUAUCUCGCGUGGGAUACCUGACAUUGAGAGCAAAGGUCAGGAUGGACGUACACCGAUGAUGUAUGUAACAGAGAAGGGCAAUCAGAAAGUUUUUGAUCUGCUGGUUAGCAAAGGAUGCAAGUUGUCGGUAGUGGAUGAUCUAGGUAGAAACAUUCUACAUGUUGCAUGUUUGAGUGACAAUGUAGACCUUGUUGAGGAUCUAUUCUUACGUGGGAUAGCUGACAUUGAGAGCAGAGGUGAGGAUGGAGGUACACCGGUGAUGUAUGCAGCACAAGAGGGCAGUAAACGAGUUAUUGAUCUGCUGGUGAGCAAAGGAUGCAAGUUGUCGGUUGUGGAUGAUCUAGGUAGAAACAUUCUACAUGUUGCAUGUUUGAGUGAAAAUGUAGACAUUGUUAAGGAUCUUCUCUCGCGUGGGGUUGCUGACAUUGAGAGCAGAGGUCAGGAUAGACGUACACCGAUGAUGUAUGUAGCAGAAAAGGGCAGUAAGAAAGUUUUUGAUCUGCUGGUGAGCAAAGGAUACCGGAUAUAG